AGGCCCGCGCGGGGGGCAGGCGGUGGAGAGGGGACGGGGACGGCGAUCGGGAGGGCGGAGCUCGGCGCGGCGCGGCGCGGGCAUGGACGCGGAGUACCCUGCCUUCGAGCCGCCGCUCUGCAGCGGCCUCAAGCAGCUGUGCCAGCGGCUGCAGGAGGCGUACCGCGAGCUCAAGGAGGACCUGGCGCCGUUCAAGGAUGACCGCUACUACAGGCUGGCGCCCAUGCGGCUCUACACACUGUCCAAGCGCCACUUUGUCCUGGUGUUCGUCGUCUUCUUCAUCUGCUUUGGACUGACCGUCUUCGUUGGGAUCAAGGGACCCAAAGUGAUCCAGACCUCUGCGGCUAACUUCUCACUGAAUAGUAGCAAAAAGCUAAAGCCAAUUCAAAUACGUUCAAACCCACUGUCUACGUAUAACCAACAACUAUGGCUGACGUGUGUUGUCGAGCUGGAGCCCUCAGAAGAAACAUCUAUUCAAACCAGCUUUUCCAUGACUGUGAAGGUCAACGGUGUGGCUCAAGAUGGAACCACGAUAUACAUUCACAACAAGGUUCACAAUCGGACGAGGACCCUCACGUGUGCGGGGAAAUGUGCAGAAAUCAUCGUGGCCCACCUCGGCUACCUGAAUUACACGCAGUACACGGUGACUGUGGGAUUUGAACACCUGAACCAGCCUAUCAAGGAGAUGAACUUCACAUGGAAGACAUACAACCCUGCAUUUUCCCAGCUGGAGAUCUGGUUCCGAUUCGUGUUCGUGGUGCUCACCUUCAUCGUCACCUGCCUGUUCGCACAUUCCCUGCGCAAAUUCUCCAUGAGAGACUGGGGCAUAGAGCAGAAGUGGAUGUCCGUUCUCCUGCCGCUGCUGCUCCUCUACAACGACCCCUUCUUCCCGCUCUCCUUCCUGGUGAACAGCUGGUUCCCCGGGAUGCUGGACGACUUCUUCCAGUCUCUGUUCCUGUGUGCCCUGCUGCUCUUCUGGCUGUGUGUGUAUCAUGGGAUACGGGUCCAGGGAGAAAGAAAAUGCUUAACUUUCUAUAUGCCUAAAUUCUUCAUCGUUGGACUGUUGUGGCUGGCUUCUGUUACGCUGGGAAUAUGGCAGACAUUUAAUGAAUUACACGAUCCCAUGUACCAGUAUCGUGUUGACACGGGAAACUUUCAGGGCAUGAAGGUCUUCUUCAUGGUGGUGGCCGCUCUGUACAUUUUAUACCUCCUAUUCUUGAUAGUGCGGGCGUGUUCUGAGCUCCGUCACAUGCCUUACGUGGAUCUCAGGUUGAAGUUUUUGACUGCAUUGACCUUUGUAGUGCUUGUUAUUAGCAUUGUCAUCCUCUAUCUGAGGUUUGGAGCACAAGUGUUGCAAGACAACUUUGUAGCGGAACUGUCUGCUCACUACCAGAACUCAGCAGAAUUCCUGUCUUUCUACGGCCUGCUGAACUUUUACCUCUACACGCUGGCCUUUGUGUAUUCGCCAUCGAAGAACGCUCUGUACGAGUCCCAGCUAAAAGACAACCCUGCCUUUUCCAUGCUGAACGAUUCCGAUGAUGAUGUGAUUUACGGGAGUGACUAUGAAGAAAUGCCCCUGCAGAACGGUCAGGCCAUCCGGGCCAAGUACAAGGAGGAGUCGGACAGUGACUGAGCCCUGGGCAGCAGAUGGGACAGCCGAGGGGCCGGAGGCCUUCCUUAGUGAUGUGUCCUGGCCCUUUCUUCUACAUGUGUGUGUUUGGACUCCUCCUGUAAGCAGAGGUUUCCUGUUCCUUAUUUGUUUACAUAUUUUUAAAGAAAAACCAAAUGAAAUGAAAUAUUGGUUGGAUUUGAUGUCGGGGUAGGUAGCUCCACUAGUUACGAAGAGGCUGCUGGUAGAGAAUCCAAAGGCAAAUCCUUUCACAGAGAUAUCAGAUGAAAUGGAGCCUGUGUGCGAUGAGGAGGAGAAAUUACCUGUUUUAAUAAAAAAGAAUGAUGUACUUUUUUUUCCUCUUAAAAAGCAAUUUGCUAACUCUGAGUCUGUGGGAGGCCUGAUGAUCAAGGUCCCAACAUGGCACAGUUCCUUAGUGCUUUACCCUCAAAGGGAAGCCUGGCGUGUGCCUGCCUCGGGUGGGCAGUCUGCCUCCAUCUCCACAGACACAUGGAGUGGCCAGUGCGCUGACUCCCGAGCAUCUGGAAUGAUGGUUGAGUUUGGUGAGCCACAUACGAUGUAACUUUCAGGAAUGGUGGGUGGCGAGGUCGGUCACUGCCCCAGAGCAGAAGUGAUAACACAGUUGAGUCGGGUGUGUGUGUGUGUGUGUGUGUGUGUGUGUGUGAGAGAGAGAGAGAGAGAGAGAGAGAGAGAGAGAGAGAGAGAGAGAGAGAGAGAGAGAGACUGAGAGAAGCUAAGGUGUCUACAAGCCAGUAGCCCUGUGGGCAAGGUCUUGUGCCAUGGUGCUUUUGAAGGGUCUGUGUGCAUGGUAAAACUGGGUCUUCUUGUGGUAAAGAUGGAAAACAGGGUGGCCCUUCCCAUCCCAAGAGUUUCUGAAACUCUACUGAGUGUGAAACCCCAAAGAGCUGUUUGUUUUUUCUUCUUUUUUUUUUUUUUUUGUUUAAUGAAAGCUACAUGAAAUAUUACUAUAUUAGAAAUUCUUUAUUGCCAAAAAGGUCAUCAGUUUAACAUUUGGAACUGAAAUGGAGAGAAAGGUAAACAUUUUGAAUGGUUAUGGAGACAGCUUCAGAUAAAGGAACUCCUUGAAGGUCGUUGUGUCCUUGGAGUGUUGCUCUGUGGAAAAUGGAUGUCACCUGCACUAGUGAGAUUCAGCGCUGGAAAUCCUGAGCGCCGCUGCCUUCCGUCACACUCCGUGAACACCUGGUAACGGUAGCCACCCCGCCCGCCUCCGUCUUGGCACAUCCAGAGGCCCAGGAACAGGUGGACCCCUCUUCAGGCUCGUCAUCUAUGCACCGACUCAGAUUUCUGCUCUGAGCUGCGGGGUCCUGGCCAGGUGGGCUGGGACCCCAGGGAUGCCUGGAGAUUCUUCAUUCUGCCGGCCUGACUUCUUAAACUUCAGUGUACUUCAAUAUGGAUUCCAUGUGCAUUGUUUAAAAAACAACAAAAACCCUUGCAAAUAGGAACAUUUGAAUGAGCCUCUAGUGGCAAGGGUAACGGGUUUUUACAUGAUUUUUACACUCACAGUGCGAUGAUCACUCGUGUUCCGAGAUACUGGAAGGUCCGUUGUUACCAACGCUCACAACUCUAAUAGAGCCCUGCAUCCAUCGGGCAUCAUCUGGACACUGACUCCUGCUGAUUCCAUGAUGUCCUAACAUGUGAUAGUUUACGUGUUUUAAUCAUUCCCAAAAGUUCCCCUUGAUUUAGAACGCUAUUUAUCAGUGUAAGAUAUUUUAAGCAUUUAUGUACAGACUUUUAAAAACUGUCCUGCAGCAUAAUUAUAAACUGAUCCUAGUGUCUGUGAAAUUAACAUAAGGGAAUAUUUUGUUGUUGUUGUCGGAAGUAGGAAUUACAAAGAGGCACUUAAGGGGAAGAGGUCAUUAAGUUGGGUUCUCACCCUUCUCCAGUGCCAUGUAAUCAUGUAUGAUAUGCGAUGUAUUAUUUGCGUACAGAUCUGGAGACUUCGGUGAGUAGGCUGAAGCUGUAGGUGUCAGGUUAAAACGCUCAACUCCGCCGGAAACUUUUAUAGUAAUGAAGAGAUUGUUUUGCUCUGAGGAGAUUAAAGUUUUAUAAACUUCAGUUACAAAUUCAAAGGGCUGACAAGUUCUUUCAGGGUAAGGGUUUGAGUAAUACUGUCUCUGGGUAUUUUUGAUAAUGGUCCAACCUAGGGGAACCUGGAAGAUGAGGAGAUGUCUCCUGGCUUCCCGGGAGAGCUCUGUUAUCCCUGUGGAUAGGGAGUUGGCUUGAUUUAUUGUCAAAUCAUUGUAGCGGCGAUGUGGUGCCUUCAAGCCCGUUGAAUGGCUAGAGAAGCGGGUAUGAAAAUACGUGAGGCCCGCAAGACGGUCUCUGUGGUUACAGACUGCAGUGAAUUCAGACAGCAGACCUCACCAGGCUCCGGUGCUGAGCCAGUGAAGUCAGGUACACUACACGGGUUAGAAUAUGGUUGUUCAUCUUCACAGGAAACACACAAGCACCCAUGAAAGGGAGAAGUAAAAGGGCCUUCUCUGGAGCGCUCCAUGAGGAACCGACCUGACACCUGAUGAGUGUCUGUACAUUUGAGGGUUUAGAUAUCCGUUGCCUUAGUGGUUAGAUUUCUUUUGUGGGGUGGAGGGAGGGAAAUACAACUUCUUUUCAGGCCAAAGGGAAACUGAUUUAGUCCGACACCUUGCUCAACAGUUCAUCUUGGCGUUUUGGGUGCUUCUAGGUGUGAUACAUUCUACGACAUCCUAUGACACGGAACGGGUGUAAUUCCAUUCUGGGGCACAGAAGGAUUUUCCACUCCUGAAAACUGCCUUUUUUACAAAUAUCUGUAAAUGUUAAGUAAAAACACUAGGCUCUAAGUCUAGAAGGACACUGGAACUGUGGGUUAAUGAUAGUUGGGCCAUCAGUGGGGCAUGUAUCACCUGGGCAGUCAGUCAAGGGGUAAAUAAAUGCUUAUUUAUGAAGAACUCAAUAAAACUCGUGUUUCGGGAA